AUGGCCAGCGAUGGGCAGGCUUUCCUCCGCGAAGUCUGGGCCCUCCAGGCGACCGCAUACGUAAUUGUCAGCUUGCGGUACUAUCAAAGAAUCUCGACUCUCGGAUGGCACAAGCUCGCCUGGGACGAUGCCUUUAUGGUUCUGGCAACUCUUGUCUACACUGCCGAAUCCGUCGCCGCACACUUCGUGAUCGCCUACUGGAAGGGCUUCGCGAACAAUGCAAUGACAGAGGAGCAGCGGGCCGCCCUCGACCCGAAUUCCGAGGAGUGGAGGCUUAGAGUCAAUGGCUCCAAGACGCAUGUCAUUGGCCUGCUCCUGUACACCACUCUCCUCUGGAUACUGAAAGCUUGCUGGCUUGUUUACUACUUUCGCUUGACCGAGGGAAUUCGCAAGAUGCGCAAACUUGUCCGCUACGGCGUGAUUAUUAUGCCCUUGACAUACAUUUCCUGCCUUCUCGUCGCCUUCUUGAAGUGUAUUCCAUUCGACCAUCAGUGGCAAAUCUACCCCAUCCCGCCAAAUCGCUGCAUGCCAGCCAUCUCCUUCAUCCAGACCAUCUACGUCAUGGUCAUGAAUACUGUCACGGACUUUUAUCUUAUGGCUAUUCCCAUUCCAAUCGUGUGGGGAUCUCAAUUGCCAUGGAAGAAGAAGGUCAGGCUGGUCAUUAUGUUCAGCGGUGCUUUUCUGGAAAUGACAUUCGGCAUUCUCCGAUGCGUGUCAAUCUUGACGGUCGGCGACAAGGAUCCGGCACAGUCCGGGUAUUGGUCUGUCCGUGAAUCAUUCGUCUCCUUCACCCUAACAAACCUGCCGAUGAUCUACCCCAUCAUCAAGAAGUAUAUUGAUAAGGGCACGACCAAGGGCUCAUCAAACAUGAACAGUCACCCACUCGGCCAGUAUCCCCGCAGCGCGAUGAUCUCCAGUGGACCGCGCUCGAGGCCCAACGACACGGCGUGGGACUCUGAGGAGCAUAUUGUCGUCAGCUCGGACCAGAAGAUGGCCUCGAGUGAGGACGGGUCCGCCAAAGGCGUGGAAAUAUCCUCAGACCGCAGGACGUCCGGAGCGCGGCAAGGGGGCCAGUCCGGAAGGCACAUCGUUGUUACUACCGAGGUCACUGUUCAGGAGUCAGCAGCGAAGCAUGACGAUCGUAUGCGUAAUAUCGAUCACUUCUAG